CGGGCACCGAGUCGUCUGGCAAGACUGCGGGCACCGAGUCGUCUGGCAAGACUGCGGGCACCGAGUCGACUGGCGGAACAGCGGGCACGAGUCGUCUGGCAAGACAGUGGGUCCGAGUCAACAGGCACGACAGUGGGCACCGGGUCAUCAGGUAUCGGAUUGUCUGGCUCGACAGCGGGCAUCGGGUCACCAGGUAUGACAGCGGGCACUGGGUCACCAGGCAUCAGGUCAUUUGGCUUGCCAGCGGGCACCGCGUCAUCUGGCAAGGCAGUGGGCACCGGGUCACCAGGUAUGACAGCGGGCUCUGAGUCAAUUGGCACGACAGCGGGCACUGGAUCAGGUACCGGAUCAUCUGGAUCAACAGCAGGCAUCGAGUCAACUGGCCUAAUAGGAUCGUCGGGCUGGAUCAGUUCAUCAUGCUGAGUAGCGGCAUCAGCUGAAUGCAGGCAUCAGGCUGAGUAGAGGCUUCAGGCUGAGUAGAGGCUUCAGGCUGAGUAGAGGCUUCAGGCUGAGUAGAGGCUUCAGGCUGAAGAGGCUUCAGGCCGAGUAGAGGCUUCAGGCCGAGUAGAGGCAUCAGGCUGAGUAGAGGCUUCAGGCUGAAC